CUGUUCACAAUCAAAGGUCCGGAGCCUCCCGUCAUCCUCCGCCUGCAGUUCCCGCCUCCGGCUGCAGGGGGCGUCCUCCCUCCAGCAGAGCGGCCGCUAGAGUCAUUACGUAGUGCUGCUGCUGCCUUUUGUGUGUCUUGUGAGCCCCGUCCCUGACACCGCCCUCCCUCCGGAGGGUGCAACGGGACCGCGGAGAGGAGCGGCCGACUAUCGGUUGGGUUUGCUGGCUGUAAACAAAUCCGUAGCCCUCCACGAUGUACGGAGAAGGAGCAUUUCGCCGUCUCCCCGGGUGACACCGUUCACCAUGUAGCGAGGCCGACAUCUUAUUUACAUGCUUUUAGGCCGGCGACGCUACGGCUGUUGAUUUUUUGACACUGGUUAGACCUGUCACUUCUGCGGCCGCAGGUAUCGCAGGUAUUUUUAUGCUAGGACUGUCACAAUGGUCUCCGGUUGAAUAGUGCACCGGGGCUAGCUCGCUAACGGCCGGCACACCGCGAAUCUGAGGCCGUUUCAGAGGCACUUGAACAUGGCAUCGCCCGCAGAGCACGACCUGGCUCUGUCUGAAGCGGACAGCGGCAAGGAGAAGGCUCAGGUGUUUGGGAUUUUGAGGCUUCAGGAGGAGAAAUCUGGAGCUGCGGAUAAAGCUAGCAGUAGCAGCACGGUGAGAGGAGGAGGAGGAGGAGGAGGAGGAGGAGACGGGCGAUGGCAGGCUCCUAUCUUCGCUUUGGCCAGGAAAGCGUCCGAGACCAUUUCAGGGAGCAUUCACGUCCUUCCCAAAGUGUCGGAGCACAGGACGUCUCUGCCCGGGGAAUGGACUGUCCAAGCUCUGCGAGACCCCAUGUCCAUGGAGCGAGCCAACCUGCUGAACAUGGCCAAGCUGAGCAUUAAAGGGCUGAUCGAGUCGGCUCUGAGCUUCGGACGAACGCUGGACUCGGACUACCCUCCUCUCCAGCAGUUCUUCGUGGUCAUGGAGCACUGCCUCAAACAUGGCCUGAGAGUGAAGAAGUCAUUUCUGGGGUUCAACAAGUCUCUGUGGGGUCCUCUGGAGCUGGUGGAGAAACUGUGUCCUGAGGCAGCAGAGAUCUCAGCCUCCGUACGAGACCUGCCUGGACUUAAGACCCCGCUGGGAAGAGCCAGAGCGUGGCUGCGUCUGGCGCUCAUGCAGAAACGGCUGGCCGACUACCUGCGACUCCUCAUCACCAGAAAAGACCUGCUCAGUGAUUUCUAUGAGAAUUCAGCCCUGAUGCUGGAGGAGGAGGGAGCCGUGAUCGUGGGCCUGCUGGUGGGCCUGAACGUCAUCGACGCUAACCUGUGUGUCAAAGGCGAGGACUUGGACUCUCAGGUCGGGGUGAUCGACUUCUCCAUGUACUUGAAGAAUGACAUUGAUGACUACAGGAGUGAAGAGAGGAAUAGCCAGAUAGCAUCCAUCUUGGAUCAGAAGAACUACGUAGAGGAACUGAACCGGCAGCUCAACUCCACAGUUCAUGGUCUUCAGGGCAGAGUCGACUCUUUGGAAAAGUCCAACUCCAAACUCAUAGAAGAGUUAGCCAUAGCCAAGAACAACAUCAUCAAACUUCAGGAAGAAAACCAGCAGCUGAGGAGCGAAAACAACCUUAUUCUGCUGAAGGCACAACAACAUUUAGAGGUAACACAAGGCGACGUGUCAGUGGAGAGAGACACAUACAAACAGUCUCGCCAGGGUUUGGAUGAGAUGUACAACGAGGCUCGAAGACAACUAAAAGAGGAAUGUCAGCUCAGACAGGAUGUGGAGAAUGAGUUGGUCGUCCAGGUGUCGAUGAAACAGGAAAUGGAGCUGGCCAUGAAACUUUUGGAAAAAGAUAUUCACGAAAAACAGGACACACUGAUCGGACUGAGACAUCAACUGGACGAGGUCAAAGCCAUCAACGUGGAAAUGUACCAGAAGAUGCAGUCGUCUGACGAUGAGAUGAAGAAGAAGAACGAUAUGAUCGUGCGUCUGGAGGAGAAGACCAACCAGAUCACUGCCACCAUGAAGCAGCUGGAGCAAAGAUUACAGGAGGCAGAGAGGCACCGCACCUCGGCCGAGGAGGGAACCAGGCGCUUCAAGCUGGACUUUGCCAACAAGGCCGACAGCCUGCAGCGGCAGAUUGAACACAGAGAAAAACAGCUCCAGCAGCUGGAUACAGACCUAAAGAUAGAGAGGGAGUGGAGACACACAUUACAAAACGAUCUGGACAGAGAAAGAGACACGGUGGCUCAGCUCAGCACAGAGGCUCUGCAGAUCAACGGACUAAAGAAGGAGUUCCAUCGUCUCCAGGAUGAAAACAUUCAGCUGAAGACCAUCUGUGAGGACCAGGAACAAGCUCUGGAGGAGCUCGGCUCCAAACUCAGCGAAUCCAAAAUGAAGAUUGAAGACAUCAAAGAAGCCAACAAAGCGCUGCAGGGGGGUCAGGUUUGGUUGAAGGACAAAGAUGCCAGUCACUGCAAGCUGUGUGAGAAGGAGUUCUCCAUCUCAAGAAGAAAGCACCACUGUAGGAACUGCGGGGAGAUUUUCUGUAACAGCUGCUCUGACAACGAGCUUCCUCUGCCGGCGUCGCCCAAACCAGUUAGAGUCUGCGACACCUGCCACGCCCUCCUCCUCCAGCGAUGCUCCUCCAAUCCUACGUGAGAGAGUCCUGUCGCGCUCAGGACAGCUGGGAAACAAUCUGAGAUCAAACUCGUAAAUAUCAGCUCUCCAGACGCUAGCCGUGGACCACAUGCAUGCAUACUCAAUACAUUCGUCAUUAUUGUUCAAAAAAAGUCCCUCAUAUACAAGCCACUCCUGUUAUCAUAUACAGAGGAGGAGGAGGAGGCUGUCAGUCUGCUUUAACAUGGGCUACAAGUGUUUCUCUAGACAACUGAUAAGUGACAAUUACCAGUCAUUUACAGGAAGUUUAAUCUGACAGCUCCGCUUUCACAACUCAACAUAUAUCUGAUGCACACUAAGGUGAAACACAAUGAAGGAACCAUGUUUGAACUUCUACUGCACAGUUUACAGCACAGGGUUCGACAGAAUCAAAAGAAGCUGAAAAGCUUCGCGACAUAUUCACCUCGUCAUCAUCGAUUGCUCUGACUGGGUGUCGCGUUAAAAAAAAAAGAAAAAAAAAAAGGCGUCAACAGCUGUAACCACAGGCCUUGUCUACACACUGACACUGAUCAGGAGGUCAGGUUUUGGUAAAGCUUCGAGUGACGGGUGGGUUCAGUUAUGAAAUACGGAACAACUUCACAAAGAGCUGAAAUAGAAACUGCACUGACAGAUGAGCACAGCUGCAGCUAAAUGCAGACGGUUCUCUGAUCCAAACCUCCCGUUAACGAUUCACGUGUCGAGCCUCAGACUGUUAACCAAUCAGCCAAACGGAUGAGAUUAUAGUUUACACUUGCAGUACAGCGGCCUUGUAAGCACUUUCUUUUAAGAUGGAGUGAAGCGAACUCGAAAGUCUUAAGGUAGCUUUUACACAGGCACUAAAGAACAAACCCAAAUGAACCAUGCUGAAAGAAACAGGACAUAUUUCUGUUUGGCUGUGAGACAAUUGAGCACAAAAUGAAACUGGUCUGAUUUAAUAGUAGCUGCCUAACAGGAACUACAUGAAUAUAUCUUUGUGUUUGUUUACACACGUGAAUCAGUCGUGAAAACUCCAGCUCAGCUCCGUAAGGUAACUGCAGCAGUAGCCACUGUGCAGUGAGUCACACUCCUACGGACUAAUUCCAGGAACAUUUACAGCUACGAGCCGUUGGAGCUCUGCUGACACUAGACUAGACCAGUUCCCCAUGGGGCUGUGACUUUAAAAAGGAACUGAAAUUAACUUUUUAUAGUUGCGUUGGUGCCAUAUGUGCCUGUGUAAAUGCACUGAACGCCGUUUACUUUUGCUUCUCAUGUUGCCAACAUGUUCUCUACAGUGAAGGGUUUUUGUAGAGAAUCUAAAAACAACAGCCCAAAAUGUUUGAAGGUAGCAAACAAUCAAAGACACAAUUCACUGUUCACCAUUUGUUUGAGACACUAAUGCAGCUUCAAGGACCAAGAGAAGCAACAGGUAGAUGAGUUCAGUCAGCAUCAGUGUGGCUGCUUCUUUUGUUGAUCAGCCGCUGACAACAUGGACACUUCACUAGUUAGUGGUACAGCUGAUGUUGGACAAACUACAGUAUGUUUGAACACUUGCUAAUCAUAUAUUGUCUGAAAUAUAGAUUGAGAGUAUUUAUAUUUGAUUUUGUGUUUUACGCACAUUCAUUUGUACUUUCAGAAGUCUGGGGAAUGUGUCUGAACUUUCCCCGUCAGUUGUAAUCAGAUGUUUUAGAAGAAUCAUAUUUUACUGCUGCUCCGUUCCUGAAAGAGGAAAGUUUGAAACUCUAUAACACUUUGUUCCCCAAAUCAACUUUUAUAGCGCUGUUGUCAAACUAAAUCUGAUCACUGUCAAGUGCGCGGUCUCCAGUGACCGGUUAUAAGAUGAAUCCAGAAGAUAUUCUGGUUUUAUACAAUGUUUACAACCUGUGAUUUUUUUUUCUCCAACAACUGGAAGUAUCCAUUCCCUUGAUAGGCCAGGGUUCAUUUCAGAAUAAAAAGUGUUUCCUUGUUCUAGAUAUUCUUAAACUAUGACGGGUUUAUCACGUCACCAGUAAGUGUUAAAGGCAGGUGUUUCUGAACUGAACCCUGGCCACUCUUUUUGUUUUGUUUUUUUUGUGCAGUGUUGCUCUCCCAGCUUUCAGUGGGACUUGUACAGUGUUGAUAUGUUGUACAUAAAUAAUGUUGAUAAUCAUUGUGGCCCUGUAGCUUACUAAAUCCUGCCAGUUUAACUAUAUUGCCAACAGUCUGUUGCCUUGACUGUGUAGCAGUUUCUGAUUAAAUGAAGUUACAGAUGU